AUGGAUAGCGAUACACUCACCGGAUUAUUGAAAAACGUCGCCGGAAAAUUCCCCGAUCGUCGAGCGCUCUCUGUUUCUGGAAAAUUUGAUCUCACUCACGCGCGUCUUCACGAUCUAAUUGAACGCGCCGCCUCCCGCCUUGUCUCCGCCGCCGGAAUCAAGCCCGGCGAUGUGGUCGCUCUCACCUUCCCUAACACCGUCGAGCUUCGAUUUCUGCGGAAAUGGUGUGUUGAUGAUUGA